UUCCCGGGAGGCCGGUAGCGCCGCUGUCGGUCGCGCGCGCGGGAGGGGGCCGGUCGCCUCGGAGGGACCCGUCGGGUCGCGGACGCUUGCCGCGGGCCACACAGCUCAGCGCCGACACGGUCAGCCAGCCCCGGGCGUCCAGCAUGGACUUCGAGGACGAUUACGUACACUCUGCUUCCAGGAAUACUUACCAGGGCUUUAAUGGAAUGGAUCGUGAUUAUGGCCCUGGAUCUUAUGGAGGGCUGGAUCGUGACUAUGGCCAUGGAUCCUAUGGGGGUCAAAGAUCCAUGGAUCCCUACCUAAGCCAGUCCUGUGGCAUGGACAAUCACAGUGGUGGUGGGGGUAGCAGGUAA